UAUGCAAGAGUGGUGUACAAUAGAGUCUGACCCUGGAGUAUUCACUGAGCUCAUUAAUACAAUUGGAGUUUAAGGAGUUCAAGUUGAAGAGAUUUAUGAUCUAAAUGAUGAAUAAUAGAUGGCAUAAAUGCAACCCAUUUAUGGAUUCAUAUUCUUAUUCAGAUGGACAAGUAAAGGUGAAAAAAGAGAAUGUCUCAAAAUUUAUGACUAGGAUCUCUUCUUUGCCAAUUAAGUAAUAUAGAAUGCAUGUGCAACUUAAGCCAUCAUUUCAAUUUUACUUAAUUGCCCUUAAAUUGAAAUUGGAGAAGCGCUUAAAAAUUAUAAAGUAAUAUACUAUUAAAUAAUUUAGGAAUUUGCUAUUGCUCUAGAUCCUAAAGAAAGGGGAAAUUGUUUAGGAGCUGUUGAAGUGAUUAAAACUGCUCAUAAUAGCUUUGCUCGUCCUGAACCCUUCAUUUUCUCUAAUGAAAAGAAGAAGGCUAAAGUAAUUAUCUUAAUUUUUAUUUUAGGAAGGUGAUGAUAUCUUUCAUUUUGUUUCUUAUAUUCCCUUCAAAGGAAAAGUGUAUGAAUUAGAUGGCCUUUAAGAAGGACCAAUUUUGAUUGGUGAAUAUCAAGAUGAUUGGAUUGUUAAAGCAAAAGAAGCUAUCUUAAAAAGGAUUUAACAUUACUAAGAAAAAGAAACUGCCUUUACUUUAUUAGCUGUUAACUAAUGUAGAAAAUUUAGAGUAUAAUCUAUUAUUGAUUUAGGCUAAUUAAAUUAUUUCAUAAUCAUAAAAUGAAAUAUUAUUGACUCUCAAAACCUUAGAGUUUAUAGGAGCUGAUUUAAAUGAAGAAUAGAAGCAAUAAUUAAUUUAACUAUCAAAUUAACAAGUAAAUUUGAAUACUAUAUAAAAGAAUAUUGAAUAAGAAUUACUACAAGAAUCAAAAGAAGAAUUAUUAAAUAGAUUAAAUCUUGCCAACACUAGAAUUUAAGAAGCUUAAAUUACUUUGAGUGAAGAAAAUGCUAAGUUUUAAAAAUUCAAAGUAUUUAUAUUCAUAUUAUCUAAAUUAGGAAGAAAAUUCAAGAAGGAAACAUAAUUAUAUUCCAUUCAUUCUUGAACUUUUUAAGAUGGCUUAACGAAAAGGUCAACUUGAAGGAUUAUUAGAGAAAGCUUAACAAAAAUAACAAUAAAAGUUGCAGUAAUAAUAAAAAAAAUGAUA